AUGGAAACAAUCAAAGACACUGUGAACACCCUUAUCGGUCGAAAGCCCUCUGGUCCAAAAAUUCGUUAUGCCGUUGUUGCUGGCGGAAACAUCAGUCAGGGUGCAUUUAUGCCCGGCGUUGGUCAAACAUCGAAUUCGGUGAUGACUGUCUUAGUUACAGAUGAUCCAGAAAAAUAUGAUAAAUUAGCCAAACAAUACAAAUUGAAAAGUUAUAAAUAUGCUGAUUAUAAUAAAAUGUUAGAUGGCGAUGAAUGUGAUGCUCUCUAUAUUGCGACGCCAAAUUCAAUGCAUCGAGAAUUUACUGUACCCGCAUUGGAAAAAGGAUAUCAUGUUCUUUUGGAAAAGCCAAUUGAAGUAACAGAAGAAGCAAGUCAAGCCAUUCUCGAUGCCCAAAGAAAAUCUGGUGCCAAACUGAUGAUUGCCUAUCGGUUGCAUUGCGAACCGGGCACGCUGAAUGUUAUUGAACGUGUUAGAAAAGGUGAUUUUGGAGAUCCGCGAACUUUUGUUUCGAUGCAUACACAGAUGUUGAAAGAAGAGAAUCAUCGAGCAAAAUUUGGAUUCGAUUCGGGACCAGUUCCAGAUAUGGGAAUUUAUUGCAUCAAUGCUGUUCGAAACCUUUAUGGUCAGGAACCAAUCGAAGUUUCAGCUGUUGGAUUUAAAACACCCGGACGAGAAGACAUGAUGUUACACUUCGAUACCGUCAGUGUUACAUUGCGAUUUCCACAAGAAAGAGUUGGUCAAUUUACUUGUGGUUAUUCACAAGCAAGUAGCAGUUGGUACAGAUUGGUUGGAACAAAAGGUGAGAUUGAAGUUGAUCCGGGCUUUAGCUAUGGUAAGGGGAUUGCCUACAAAACUACAAUCGACAAAAAGGAAGAUUCGAAAUCAUUCCCAACAACAGACCAAUUCGGUGGUGAAACAGAAUAUUUUUCAGAUUGUAUUUUGAAAAAUGUUGAUCCGGAACCAAAUGGUGAAGAAGGUUUCUUAGAUGUUCGAGUAGUUUGCGCAAUUAAACGUGCAUUGGAAACAGGUGCAACACAAAAAUUGGAACCAAAAGAACGCCUGAGACGACCGGUGACAGCUGAGCAAACGAAGAAAUUAAGCAUGGCAAGCCCACCAAAAGAAUUUAUUGGACGAGAUUCUGAUAAUCCAGGAAAAUAA